AUGAUAAGCUCCAAGAAUACUACGAAACAUAGAGUGGAUGACCCAGAGCCCAGCCAGAUGAGUCAUGAUCGAAUUCCCGAAGAGCCGGAUUCUCCAGCUCACAAUUUCUGGAGCCGACAGACAUACUUUGGGUCUCUCGUUUUCAACCUUGGAACCUUCUUUCUACCAGCUUUAUACAGUACCCUCAGCAAAUUGUGGGUGGCCGAUAUUGAUUCCGGCCAAGUAGCCACUACGGAUGUUUACACAUAUAUCGGCGUCAUCGUUGAGGUCUUGAAUGACAGCUUCCCCCGCUCUGCAUGGCUGCUUAUUGGUGAUAAGGCAACACGGCUGUAUCAACACCGCUUGAAUCUAGCACACAUGAUAAUCGGCCUUACCAUGGCACUCGGUUUCAUCAUGAUGAUUAUCUUCUUGGCAUAUCCCCAAAGCCUAGCAUCCGCAUUUGUGCCGGAGGAUGUUCGAAAGUCAUCUCUUACAUACGUACGACUGUCUUCAGUUCAAUUUUUCACCUCUGCAACCGAAGCUGCUCUAUCCUCUACCACCCGAGCACUGGACAACCCUGAUGUUCCAUUGAUCAUUAAUUCAAGCAAAUUUGCCGUCAAUAUCUUGCUUGACUUUCUAAUAAUUUCCAAGUAUCAUGUCGGCUCUUCAAAGCCGACGGUGAUCACUCAAGCCAUUAUCAGGCUCGUUUGUGACACAAUAUCCGCUCUUGCUGGCUUGAUCUACUUUGAACUGGUGGUCGUUAGGAGGCAGCGGAAAGAGACUGACAGAGAGCAGCGAUUUCAACUGAGUACUUUCGACUUCAUGACUAUUCUUCGUCCAAGUGUCUACACCCUUACCGAAUCUGCCAUUCGGAAUGCUAUUUACUUGUGGCUUGUCAACAGAAUUAUUCAGCUUGGACAAGACUAUGCUACCGCUUGGGGUGUGUUCAACACGAUUCGCUGGGGUCUUGUUAUGGUUCCUGUGCAGGCCUUACAGGCAUCAACCCUGGCAUUUGUCGGACAUAAUUGGGGACAGUUUCGAGCCUCCCAGGAAACAGAUUUUCCCAAGGCGUCCCAUCGAGAAAUAUCAGAAAUCAUUCGUCCUGCCGCUCUAUCAUGCAUUAUUGCCUUGAUCUUUGAAGUCAUCAUUUGCAUCGCUCUUUCAAUACGAGGAAUCGGUGAAUUUGCCUAUUACCUAUCUGACUCAAGGCAAAUAGCAGAAAUAACGCAGAGGAUGUGGAAGGUAAUCGAUUGGACCUACGUUUUUUAUGGGUUGAACUACCAACUUACUGCAGUCUUGCUGGCUGCUUCACCUCGGUGGUUCCUCUAUCAGGCUCUUGGGUCAAACCUCCUUUGGAUGCUGCCGUGGGCAAUUGUCAUGACAGAAGCCUCAUUGCCUGCAUCCAUGUCUUGGACCUACUAUGCCAUCAUAUUUGGUGGGGCAAUGGUUUUCGACUUCUUUGAUGCUGGCCUGACACUUCUUCUUUGGAUCAAUAGACUGCAAAGAGGAAAGAUCAACAUCGGUUUCGUCAAUCGACAGAGUUGA